UUUACGACGUUCGACAUGAGUAAGUUUACAUUCAUUUACAUUCCUACGUUUGCGCAUGCGCAAAGACCAUACCGUACACGUGACGAAAACAAAAUCCGCGGGUAAUCGCGAAUUUUGGGUCAGCUUAGACGCAAGUUACACUUCACCGACAGUCAGUGCAUAAUAGCCGUAACAUAGCUAGACAGAUGGCAGACAGUACAAGCUAUCAGGAAAAUAUCCACCAACAUGAGAAGAAUGCAGAUUACAUCGAGAUACACUCUUUGGCCAAACAGGUGGAAGACAUGGAUACCAAAGAAAAAUACGAAAAAGAAGUUGAUAAAGACAAAGACAUAGACAACGAUAAAGAUGUUGAUGACAAUGAGAAGGAAGUAAAUGAAAAUGUCAAAAAUAUCUCAACAACAGAGAAAAAUGACAAAACUAACCAGGAAGUAGAGCGCAUUGAUGGUUUCGAAGUGAACUGCAUCCCUCUAUACGGCGUUGAGAAAACAGCAGAUCAAGAGGCAAGUCAGAACUGCAAGACUGGCAUGCGUGUGAUGUGGAAUACAGAGGUCAAUGUGGGCGACCCUGCAAUACUUGGCAAUGGGUAUCAGGUGGACAAUGCAAUAGAGGUUUUCUACAAUACACUUCAGUACAUCCUGUAUGUGACAGGAUUUCCUGAAACUGAAGACCGUUCUGCAAUGCCUCGGCUGGCAAUCAACAAAGAGAAAGUCGUGGUUGGGGUGCUGUCGCCUGCCGAAGAUUGCAUGGCACUGCUACUUGAAUGCGGUAACCAAGUACCCGACAGCAUGCAUCUGAUCUUGAAAGAAUCCUGGGUCUUAAAGAAACCGCACAAGGAAAAGCCGGGUCAGUUCGAGCUCUUCAUACUAAAGGCGAUCACGUGCCAUAAGGGAGGCGUGACCUACCUUGACGAGUUUAAUCCCCCAAGGAAGUGCACUUAUCUCAUCAACUAUUUCUUUGGUUGUGGCGAACCAGCCUGGGGUAACGAAAUGGAGAAAAACCUGGAUAUCCCAAUAAGCAGUCCUAUACCUCUGUGUAACCAAGUGGACGACAAGGUGUGGAUGAGAUACAAGAUGUCACGCUGCGGUGUUGCCCAUCCAGAGACACUUGCCUUCCGCCUUGCUCCACAGAGAUUUGUGCCAAGCAUCGAUACCAUCAGAGUGUUUGAAGUUGAUAGAUGCAUGAAAAGAAAAAAAUCCCAAACAGGAAAUAGCAUGCAAAACGACAGCAGGGGCAACAACUCUAAUAUGCAAAACACAUCAAAUGGCCCAGUAGAGAGUCACCCCACGGGCACGUUUACUGCUAAGCAUAUUGAGAACGGAGGUGUGGUGUGUACGCAUGCAGCUAUGGAGCUUGAGAUCCGAAACUUCUUGAAUAAGCCUUCCAUUCUCAACCGAAAGAUUGUUGUCAAACCAGCUGGCCCAAGUCACUAUGGCAGUAUUGGUGUUACAUUCCACGAUCCAGGUAGCAUUAAGUCCGUCAUUGAUGCUGUAGAAGACCUCCUGGAUAAAAUCAUUGACGGUGAAUCAAUUCUUGUGGAAACUUUUGUUGAACCGAUCAACCCUAGGCCAGUCAGAGGUAUUUCCGACAAUAUCAAGCGAUCAAAGGGAGACAGUGGACUGACCUGUAGAGUUCGUGCCACUGCUUGCAAAGAUUUUGACGGAAAACCUGUUUGCUCAAUUAUCACAUGCGGUGUAGCCUCAAAGCAUGCUCCAGUUCACGGUGACAAUACAGUCCCUCAGACGCUUGACACAACACUGCAGACGUUUGGAAUCUCUGACCCAUCAGUGCGUCGUAACAUCGAGCAAGAUGUACGCAAAAGGACAGAGGACACUCUACAAACUAUAAUUGAUGAAGAGAAGAAAAUGACAGCAGAGCAACGGGGUGGUAUUGGCGGCUACACUGAAAUUAUAGGCAUUGAUUUCUUUCUAACGGAGAAGAACGGACACAUCUUUCCUGUUGCUGUGGAGGUGAACAGUCAUGACUGCACGGUCAACUGUCACAUGCUGGAGUGCUUGGCAGACAUGGUGCAUCAAUGUACCAUACUCAACGGCCGGGUCUUGAGUUCUGUGUACCAGCCCUCAGAGAAAAUAUCUGGAGUUUGUAGCGACAAAUCAAGUCAGUACGAGAGACGAGACUGUGUUAUGCCCAAAGUCGAAGAAAUAUUUGGUCAAUGCGUUAGGCCGUGGGUGCGAACCAUGCUCACUCGUUCCCAGGACUACCUGCUGCAAGAUAAGAUGAUCCUUGUGAUUGGGGCUGGAGGCUACAGCAAUAAGUUUAUAUUGCCUUCUGCUUUGGAGAUGGGAGUAAAGGUGGUUCUGGUGGAGUCCAACCCAAUGCAUUUUGCUGGUAACCUCGUUCACCGUUUCAUCUGCAUUGACAUUGAGAACCACAAACAGGACCACUCAAAUGCAAGCAUCAUUGUUGAGACCCUGGGGGAGGAGAACAUCAGCGUAGAUGGUUGUCUCACCUUCUGGGAGGACUGUGGACCAUUGGCUGCACUCGUGUCUGAACUACUGCAGCUUAAAGGCAACACAUACAAGGCAGCUUACAUGGCGAAAAUGAAGAGCAGUACCCAGGCUUUCUUGAGAGGAAACCCCAGGAGUUUUCCCCACCUUCCGUUUAUGUUCAUGUUUGCAUGUAAGUCAGCCUGUAUAACAUGCGAGGCGGACAUUCCUAAGGCUAUCAAAUGUGUGAGUUUUCCAGCACUUCUCAAGCUGGACUACGCCUCCUGCGCUGUGGGGACGAAAAUGGUGAAGUGUGAAGAUGAUGUUUUCAACCAGUAUGGGUACAUCACCAACACGCUGCGAAUCAACAAUGACUACCACGGUAUCGGCCUGGGUUUCAGUAACUCCAUGGUCCUCAUGGAACACCUUCAGGGAACAGACCACACCAUUGAUGUUGUUAUGUUCGAGAUGAAGCUUGUUGCAGCCUUGAUCACAGACAUUAGUCCAACCAACUUGCCGUCUUAUAUGGAGACUUCGGCCAUGAUGCCCUCCGCUUUGAAUGUGGACAAACAGGCCCAGAUGGUCUCUGCCGCAUUCCAGUGCCUUUCAGAGAUAGGUCUAUCAAACGGAGUCUUCAAUGUGCAGAUGAAGAUGACGCACACAGGGCCGAAGCUGAUAGACAUCAAUGCACGCACUGGCAGCUUAUACAUCCGCGACUGGGUUAAGAGGCUCUACCACAUUGAUCUGAUGAAGUGUGCGCUGAUGGUCUCGUGCGGCGUUCGCCCAUACAUCCGGCUCCUUCCCCCCUCCGAGUACAUCAUGGGCGUGAUGCUGAUCCCGUCACUGCACAAGCACGUGAUUCUUGACAACGUGAUCCGGAUGGUACUGGAGGGUAUGCAGUCUCGCGGCGAAGUCAUCUUCACCAUGCUGGAGAGCGAGGAAGACCUCUUGCAUCAGUGCGACAAAACAGAUUACGAGCAGCCAUACGCAAAUAUUGCUGUCCGGGCCCCCACCAUUGAUGAGGCCCGAAAAAAAGCACAUGCUGUCUGCAAGAAACUUGGCAUUGAGACCAGCAGUUAUAAGGUCUCCGAAUUCAUCAAGCUCUUCUAGUCGAAGGUCGAUGCGUUUAGAAGACAGGCUGUCAACCGAGCAGUGUUAUUCCUCUAAAAAAAUUGCCAGUACUUUUUUCUUCUUUUUAAUAUUGUCCUUCCUUUUUCCUACUUUUGCUCACCUUGUGGUGUCAACUUCCAGCUUGUUGCCAUUCAGACGCAAAUUUUCUCAUUGUUGCCAUAUUCAAGAGGCCAUAUUUCUCUUUGUUGCAAUUAGAGAGGCCAUAUUUCUCAUUGUUGCAAUAAGAGAGGCCAUGUUUCUCUUUGUUGCAAUUAGAGAGGCCAUAUUUCUAAUAGUUGCAAUUAGAGAGGCCAUUUUUCACUUUGUUGCAAUUAGAGAGGCCAUAUUUCUAAUUGUUGCAAUUAGAGAGGCCAUAUUUCUCUUUGUUGCAAUUAGAGAGGCCAUAUUUCUAAUUGUUGCAAUUAGAGAGGCCAUAUUUCUCAUUGUUUCAAUUAGAGAGGCCAUAUUUCUGAUUGUUGCAAUUAGAGAGGCCAUAUUUCUCAUUGUUGCCAUUUGACGGGCAAUAUUUCUCAUCCAAUUUUGAUGAAAUUUGAUAGAGAGAUAAUCUGGCCAAUAUCUAGGCCUAGUGAAUCUUGGUCAUGUAUGUCCAAAAGCUAGGUCAUCAGAUCAAAUCCUAGGAAAAUCUUAUAAUCAUUUUUAGACCACAUUAAUGAUUAAAUAGUAACGAAACAUGAUGAUAAUGUUGAUGAGGACAAUACAUGUGUAUCUAGACUAAGUUUAAAUGUUUGUCACAUGCAUAAAAAUCUAGGUUACAAUACCAAAACAUAAUAUUUAAAAAAAGUUUUACUAUUGUAAAGGCCACACUUAUGCCUUGAUCUCGAUUACACUUUGUGAGAAUGUUCAAUUGGACGCUUUCUAGGCUAGAUGUGAAUCUUGGUCACGUGCAUUGAUAGGUCAGAUCUUAGAAAAACCUUGAUACCACUUAUUUAAGCCGAAAAUGAAUCAAGGUCACUUCAUUUUGAAGACUAGGUCACCAGGUUCAGUCUAAGAGAAAUCAUGUUACCACUGAAUUAAUAAAUUAUGCUUAUGCAACGUGUGGGACAACUCUUAUUAAUUUGCAAUGUAGAAUUUUUUGCAGUGCCUUCUUUUUAUCUGCAAUGUUAAUAAUUAUUGUUCAAUUUACUUUUUGUGUACCUUUUUAUGACCCCCACCACUAUAGUGUGGGACAUAUUGUUUUUGCCCUGUCUGUUGGUUUGUUUGUUGGUUUGCGUCAAACUUUAACAUUUGCCAUAAUUUUUGCAAUAUUGAAGAAAGCAACUUCAUAUUUGGCAUGCAUGUGUAUCUCAUUGAGCUGCACAUUUUGAGUGGUGAAAGGUGAAGGUCAUUCUUCAAGGUCAAAGGUCAAAUAUAUGUGUCAAAAUUACUCAUAUAAUAUAUACUUUUGCAAUAUUGAAGAUAGCAACUUGUUAUUUGGCACGCAUGUGUAUCUCAUUGAGCUGCACAUUUUGAGUGAUGAAAGGUGAAGGUCAUCCUUCAAGGACAAAGGUCAAAUAUAUGGGGGGACAUAGUUUUCACAAACACAUCUUGUUGUUUUUUUUUUGUUAUUGAGGUUCAAUUUAUGUUUUGCCCCCCUUUGGGCUAAUACAGCUAAUUUUGUGCCAUAUUGUAUACCGGUAUGUUUGUUAAUUUACUUGUAUUUAAGAGGUUGUUUUGCACCAAAAUCUUACGUAUAUCAGACAAUAAAGAUGACAUUUGGCAUCGUAGAUAUUAGCAUCAAUUUCAUGUUCUGUUAUGGAAUGACUUUCUUUGCUUUUAAUUACAUGUGUAGACAGACCUUUUGAAAGAAAUUUAGCAAUUCUCAAGCAUCCAUGUGGCAAAAGAUUGGUAAGGAAACUAUUCUAGGUUUAUUGAAAUAUAUAUUAGAAAUUGUGGAUAUGUACUUGUUUUGUUUUGAAUGUUUUUAUGUCCCCCAUUCAUACUUCGGGGCAUAUUGUUUUUGCCCUGUCUGUUGGUUGGUGGGUUGGUUUGUUGGUUUAUGUCAAACUUUAUCAUUUUCCAUAACUUGUGAAAUAUUGAAGAUAGCAACUUCAUAUUUGGCAUGCAUGUGUUUCGCAUGGAGCUGCACAUUUUGAGUGGUGAAAGGUCAAGGUCAUCCCUCAAGGUCAAAUAUAUGGGUCAAAAUCGCUGAUUUAAUAUACACUUUAACUUCGUUUUGCAAGAUUGAAGAUAGCAACUUCAUAUUUGGCAUGCAUGUGCAUCUCAUGUAGCUGCACAUUUUGAGUGGUGAAAGUUCAAGGUUAUCCUUCAAGGUCAAAUAUAUGGGUCAAAAUUUUGCAUUUAAUAUAUUUACACUAUUACUGCGCAACAACUUCUCAUGUACAUGGAGCUGCACAUUUUGAGUGGUGAAAGGUCAAGGUCAUCCUUCAAGGUCAAAGGUCAAAUAUAUGGGGGACAUAGUGUUUCACAAACACAUCUUGUUUUUAUGUUUUUUGAAAAACGUAAAUGUAAGCUUUUCCCCAUAUUUUUGGUAAUUUAUAGGAUAUAUUUGUUUUAAAUCUUUGAAGACAUUCUUAUUUUAUUUAUAAAAUUUAGUGUAAUCAAAUCACAAUGUCACCUUGGUAAACUGUUGUUAUUUUUAACAAAUUUUGAAUAAAAAAGGACCACUUUAUGUAAAUAUCUACCCUGUGAAAUAAAAAUUCUGAAUCUACAAGAUGUGAUUGUAAGUACACUAUGAUUUUACAGCAAAUGUUUUGUUGGCCUAUAAAUAAAUUUAACUCUACGGUGGCAUUUAAGCUUUUUGUUCAAUUGUUUACGUAUAUCAGGAAAUCAUUUCCCUACCUCAUCAAAGAAUACUCCUUCGUUUGUAAUUUAUACACAUUAAAAAAUCCAUUAAGUACCAAUUUCAUUUAGUAUUUUACAUUUGUUUUUUAAGCAAAUGUUAAGAUUUUAUAUUAUCUGCAUGAGAGUACUCGUAAAAAGUAAUGCAAUGUACUAUAUCAGGCCAUCUACAAAAUACUCUUCGCUCAUUGGCUGUUUGUGGUCACAUGCUGACCCCAUAUAUUCUAUAUGGUGUCAGUAGUCACAUGCUGACCCCAUAUGGUGUCAGUAGUCAGUUGUCACAUGCUGACCCCAUAUAUUCAAUAUGGUGUCAGUAGACUAUAUGGGGCUACUUGUUAUAAAAAACAUUGUUUGUCCUUGUUACUUUGAUGAGAUUGAAAGUAGUUGGCCUGAUAUAAUCGUUACAGGGUUAGUUACUGACCCGAUACGGGAUAUACGGUUCUGUGGAAAACCAUAUCGGGUCAGUAACUAACCCUGUAACUAUGAGUAUUAAAACAAUGCUUUUUCCCAUUUAUCAUAACCUUUUCUAUUCAGCAACAAAAUGUUUUACGGAUAUUUAAGAAAAUCUGUUUGAAAUGAUCCUAUUUAUGGAUGUAUAAUGACGUAUACGCAAUCUGACGUAAUCAAUAAAUCUGGUUUUGUUUUCUUAUUUAUUAUCUUGUGAAUGAAUUGUUUACAUGAUUGUUCAAAAUGCUUGUCUUAAAAAGAAUGGUUCUAUUUUUUUCUCAGGUUAAUUCAGUUUAUAAAAACGUAUAUAAGUGCUCAAUAAAAUUUUGUUCAUAUAA